UUGGACCAGCAAGCACUUGACAUAUCAUCUCUUAAUUUGGACUCGGGGGAUGUGGACGAGCAGGUCUCCGAACCACCACCUAAAAUAUCGCUUGCACGAGAGAAAGUCCUUGAGGAAGCACGGAAGGCGCUGGAUGCCAGCCCGAAGAAAGCUGUUAGCCUUGUGGUCAUUGGUAAGUAUUUUGGACAACACCGGUCACUGCAGUCUAUUCAAUAA